AUGAGGCUUCUUUGGCUUUCCACCUUCCUUGCCGGGCGUUACCUCGAAGACUCAGCCGAGGAGGCCCAGCGCCGGCAGUAUCAGCUCGGCGCCGGGAGCUUUUCUGGCCACGCCCUUGAAGCGCAUCUUGCCGAGACCUGUGGCCUGUGGCUCAACCUGCUCAUCCCCUCCGGCCUCUUUGACCAGUCUGCAGGCCCUCGAGCGCACGGAGCCCUGCGUGAGCGAAAGCAGGUGCAGCAGGGUGCAGCCAUCUCCAACAUCACCAAGCCACGCCGACAUGCAGGUGGACGUCCGCUGCGAGACUUUGUCGAGCAGCCGAUGGAGCCAUAUGAGGAGCCGCUUCCCAGCGUGUCCUCCCCACCUCCCAGCGCAGCAUCAGGAGCUGCUGCGACGCCAAAGUUUGCGUUCGAGGAGGAUGGGCCAGCCACGCAGGCUCGCUAUGAGGGCCAGGUGGCGAGGAACCCAAGGGAGUUCGCCUUCGAUCCGCAUCGGCUGGCCUGUUCAUCCCACAGGUCGGCCUCCCCAUGCAUGGAGGACCACCGCAGGUCAGCCAGGCGCCUGCCGGCCAAAGAGCCUGGCCAAGCGCAGCCGGGCGAAAUCCAGGUCCAAGCGACGCAUCGCAGUGUCGCACAGCGAACGGGCUUCGCGUAUGCCUUCCCGGAGGAUGUAGAGGUCAGCUUGCCGUCCGCGUCGUCUUUGCAGGCCAGCUCGCCGUCCCCAUUGCGAACAGCAUCAAUGCCCGAACCUCCAUGGCCCCAGGAAGACGAGUCUCCGCCGCCGCCGCCGACAAGAGAAGCCCCGGCUGUGGCCUUGGACGGCAGAGGCCUGCUGCGAAACGAUCCCAGCCGUAGUUCGGCUCAGGAGCCACGCCCUUCGAGCAAAGAGGAGCCACGCAGGAGGAAAGCUGGUGAGGCUUCGGCGGGACCUCUGCCAGGUGCCGAAGGAACAGGCGACAGGCGGACUGGCAGCAGGAGGCAGCAUCGCCGGGAGGGCAGCAGGCGGAGCAGCCGGUCGUCAUUGCCGGUGGAGGUGGAGGAUGUCGACAGGAGGCUUGCUGCCCCAGAUGGGGAGGUGGACACCCAAAGCUCUCUGACGGGGCAGGGCGACUCCGUCUUGGCUUCGCCGCCGCUGUCGCGGCGCCCAAGCACCGAAGUAGAGACCCUCGACGGGCGGGCCUCCGACCGCACCCGGCGCCGGUCUCGACGGCAUCAGGACUCGGAUGAACUCAGCCAGGGCAUCUCCGAGCGAUCGGAGAGAUCAGAGCGCCGGCGCCGCCGACGCCAGGAGGAUGAAGAGACGAAUGCCACAUCAGAGUCGCGAAGAAGCCACAGGAGUCGCCGGCGCCGCGGGGAAGACGAGGAUGCUGUCAGCGAGGCAACAUCCAACCGCUCGAGGCGCCGGCGUGAGGACGAGGACCGCAGCAGCCGUGGCAGCCGACGACGGCGUCGCCGGGAGGCGGAAGAGGAGGUCGAGGAGCCCAUGGGCAGCCACAGGUUGGCGCGGAUCCGUGAGGAGAGUAGCGGAGGAAGCCCCCCCGGCCCGAUCCAGGCCCAAGAGGCCCCGUCGCACGCGGAGAGGCUGGACCAGACUACUUUGGCGGCCCCACCUCCCAUGGAGGCGAGUUGUCAGGGCCAAAGCAGGUUCUUGCCAAGCAGCGACGCCGGCGAUGCAAGGCUGCAACCGGCCCAGGCGUCGAGGAGUGAGGUCCAGAGUGGUGCCCCGAGUGGGGGCGCGAUGAACAUGAGCCUUCUGAAGAGCUAUGCCUCCAGCCGAAGCAGCACCGCCCUCCCGAGCAGCCCAGGUAAGAGCAGUUCAGUGGCCACAGUGUCUUCAAGGCUCACGGGCACUCAGCUGAAUGAGGCCCGGCGUGCUGAGGAUGCGGCCAUGUCUGAGGCGGAAAGGAGAUGGCAGGAGGAAGUUGACAGCAUUCGACGCCAAGCCAAGCGCUACUCUCAAGGAGUGCGCCUCCGUGGGCCUUCCAUCUCCAUGGACCGCGAGGAUUUUGUCCUCCGACCCCCGUGA